CUUGGCCUUGGGACAACAAUGGAGGAUACCGGAGGAGCAUACUAUACCCCUCUCCCCCAAUACUCUUAUUACCAGCAACCUCCGCCACCGCCGGGGACGGCGCAUCAGCCCCUGCCGCCGCCUGCUCAGUUGCCUCACCACCAUCAAUACCACUCCUUAUUGUAUUAGGAAUAUUGUAUUCCUAUUCCCAACCAAAAUAGGACAUGUAUUCCACAGUAUCAAUAAAUCCUCAUUGUUGUACUUGAGAGAGCAGAGAAAGAGAAAUCCUCAUUGUUGUACUUGCGAGAGAGAGAGAGAGAGCAGGAAUUUUGUUUUGCUACUAUGGAUCACUCAAUUUUGAAUGUCCACUGCUGGAUUCGUCAUGAUCCCGACAUCUUACGCACCGCCGACUAUCUUAUUCCUCCACAAGACGUUUUUGUGUUCCAGAUGAAGGUAAAAGAUAUGGUUGGAUUCUACCAAUUUCACCCAGAAGGUCAGUCCCCAUCUGAGCGCUUUAUUCUGGAUUAUUGGGAGCAUAACAGGGCCCAUCUUUCCGAGGAUUUCCUUAUCCCCUUUCCAGACCUAGCCGGAAGCGGCAGGAAUCGCGCCAGACACAUAAUACACAAAUUGCUCGGAGAAGUCGGCAUUCCCAGGCACAAACGCCGCCCGCUGUUGGGGAAUAUAUUUUCCGAGACGAUGAGAUUGGCUAAGGAGUCUCACGCCGAGGGAGAAUACAAACGAAUCCCGAUUAUGGUGGAGCUCCGGAGAGUGUACACUAGAACGGUUAAUAACGUUGAAUCGGAGGAGGAUAUGGAUUCAGAGGCUGUAGUUCCGGCGAGCAGAUUGGUGAUUGAGGGAUUGGAGAGAGUUAGGGUUGAGGAAACAGAGGUUUGUGCGGUGUGCUUGGACGAGAUGGAAGCGGGAUCGGAGGAGACUAUGUUGCCUUGCAAUCAUAUCUUCCAUGGAAGAUGCAUUGAUGCCUGGUUAGUGAAGGCCAAUUUGUGCCCAUUAUGCCGUUUUCAACUUUCUUGCCUUUCUUUGACUUCGCCACAAAUAUUUGAAGAUGGAUGGAAUUAAAAUUACAUAGAAAAAUAUUAUUAUAAAGAUUGCUUUAAUUA